CAGUACACUUCCUCUUCAUAUCAUCAAAAUUAAUUGAGUUUUCAGUAGUUAGGGUGUAAUUUGUGCUGUUGGAUUAUCUAGGCCCAUAUUAUAUAUUAGAUGAAGUUAUCGACAAAGAAACUGACCAAAGGUUGGAAGAGGCAAGGAUUGUUAACAUCGAAAGGGAGGACACCGGUAGUUAUGUCGACAGCAUGAAAAACGGCAACACGAAGAGGAAAACUCGGAAUGACAUAAAGCUCAAUAUUUGUUUUAAUGUUAAUGUUUCAAUGGAAAAAAAUCAUUAGUAAAAUGAAUAUGAUAAAAAUAUUAUUACAUGGCUGUUUUCAUAUCAGACCUCAGAUUGGCCCUCAACCUACAUGUAUAUCAGACCUGCAGGCCUUUUUCUUUCAAAAAGAAUUGUGCUGCAGCAUAACGGUAAAUUUUACUGGCUUUAAAGUGGGGUGUUCCUCCUUUGUAAUUCUGAAAGGACAUGUAUCAGUCUAGCAUUUGGUCUGUUUUUUUUAUCAUGGACCUGAAACUCAUGAAAUGGCUAGCUAAUAGCUGGCCAUCAGAUCAAGAAAAUGUAUUUAAUGUCGCAUACAGUUAAACAAGGAACAUUAGCUCUUGAGAGCUAUUAUUGCGACAAACAAUGACAAAUACCAAGGGUGCAGAGAACGUAAGUGAUUGUAACCCUAGGAAUUUUUAGGCUGGGACGUAUAAUUAGUACAGGUACUCAAAAAGUGUGUUAUUUCAACAACAAAAUCACUCUGAUAUAGAUCUGCGUUCCAAAAACACUGCACUCAUACCAUUCUCAUACCUUUUACAUAUAUUUAUUAUUACAGUCCUCAGCCAUAGUAAAAACAUGGAGUUUAUCAGCCUAGUAUGACCGGGUAGACAACAGUCAAAGCAACUCAACCACCACACUGAGAAUUCUAUCGUUUGAUUUGGAGUCUAUUCUCAAUAUGUCACUAAAGGAUGCGGAGGAGACAAGACCGGCCACAGAGGUUGUGCCUGUUGGAAAAGCUGCUACAGAAUCAGACGAACAUAAAGACACUGCAGUUGUUUACAGCGGACAGAACAUCACCGAUUCUGUGAAGAUUGAACCUAACACUUUUGAUCUGUCAUUGGUGUCCGACCUUCCGUCGGUUAAGAAAUUGAUGCAGCUUCCCAGGACCGAAAAUGAAUUGGCAGUUUCAUCUAGUCUGAUGCAAGAAGGCGUAGAAAAGUCUGAGGAGCUGAACAGAGAAUAUGAUGAUGCAGAAACUGCCAAUCUUAACUCAUCAAGAUCUGACCAUGAGGAAGAAGAUCUGUCGUCUACUGUUGUAACCGAUGGCGAUGCAGGCGAUACAGCUGUUCAGAACGACACAUGGACUCGUGUUUCAGACGAGGGUUCAUCUCAGUGCAGUAUCUGUGGUGAGGAGAUUGAUAGCAAAGCAGACCCGCCUAUACACACACAUCAAGGAGUUCCUCCCGGAGAAAGACGAUUCAUGUGUCUGUUUUGCGGGAAGGAAUUUAAAGUCAGACAAGCCAUACAGGUUCAUACAAGAAUACAUACAGGUGAAAGGCCCUUUGAAUGUAAAAUGUGCGGAGAAAAAUUCCGGGUGAAUUUGAGCUUGCAGAGACACACACAAAUACACACCGGCGAAAAACCAUUCAAGUGUGACAUUUGUGGUAAGGAUUUUGCACUCAAGUGGAACAAACAUGAACACAUGAAAAUACACACAGGUGAAAAACCGUUCAAAUGUGAUGUUUGUGGCGAGUUAUUUCGGGUGAAGGAACGGUUACAUGUGCACACAAUCAAACAUACGGGGGAGAGGCCAUACAAGUGUAAGUUGUGUGGCAAUGAGUUCAAGGUCAAAUGGAGUCUACAGGAACACAUGAAAAUUCACACGGGGGAGAAAUCGUUCAAGUGUGACUAUUGCGGGGAAGUUUUCCGAGUGAAACAAAGCUUGCAAAGGCACACUAGAAUACACACUGGCGAGAAACCAUAUAAAUGUGAUGUUUGCAAUGAAGAGUUCCGAAUACGACAAAGUUUACAGCGACAUAUACGAAUACACACGGGAGAAAAGCCAUAUGCCUGUGAUCUGUGUGGUAAGGAGUUCAAUAUGAAAUGGAGUCUUCAGGAACAUUUAUGGAAACACAGCGGAGAGAAACCAUUCAACUGUGAUAUUUGUGGGAACAAGUUCGCAGCCAAACGAAGUUUGAAAUUACAUUCAAGAAUGCAUAAUUCUAGUAUUGACUUGUAGUUAUACAAAUAUUGAAUGAAAUAUAUAUAAAUAAAAUAAAAUCUACACAGAGUAGAAAACGUUGUACUGAUUUGACAAUAAUAGAGAUAUCUUUUCACGUAGAAUAACAUUUUGUAUAUCUUUACUGAAGAUACGUUUUUAUCAAAUGUACAAUUCCCAAUAUUCCAAGAGUAAAAAUAUGAUAAAUAUAUGGCGUUGAACUAUAUGCUAAAGGUGCUUUAUAUACCUAAUGCCUACAGUAUGUAAUGUUACCUCUAUGUUAUGGUAGAACUGAUUGGUCUGAGAGAGGAACGACAACAUGUGUUCUGUGCUCCAUCUUUUAUUCAGAUAGGGGUGCCACACAACUAUACACGGGGUAUCAGAGCCAACCAAGGGAGAUCACUCUAGUUACAUCAUAGUAUAUAUAUAGGUUGAACACUACCAUUAUACAAUAUACAAUGUAGUCAUAUUGUUACACAGUAUACAUUAUAAUUAAUUAUUAAAAUCAAAACAUGUCAAUUUGACAAGCAUUUUGACCCUUCAUGAUCCAUUGAUGAAAACGAUGAAAACUAUCUCAUAAAUUCCGAACCUGUCAUGUUGAUGUACAUGUAUUAUGAUAUAAGUAUUUGUGUAUUCUUUCGUCUAAGCUUCCAGCUUGCUUUACAAAUUUAUGUUGUAUGUGCUGUACAUGUCAAUGUUGUGUAAUAAAAGUGCAAUAUUCAUAUUGUUAACCCAUGGCCAUUCACCCCUAAAGUCACAUUUGAACCUAACCAAAUCAAAGACUAGGCAAGUUCAUUCUAAAAUGUAGGGGUGAAUGAGUUAGUACAUGAAAUCAACAGGUUUACAUUCAGAUUUCAAUUAUAAUAAAUGUCAAUGUUAAUGAA